CAAAUCUCUGUGCACGCUUUCCUGUAGAAAAUUAUUUGCCCCAUAUUUAUUAGUUUUAGGUACUAUCAAAGAUGAUCAAUCUUAACAUAAGGAAGAAGACAAUGGUGAAACCGGCGGAGAAGACGCCUCGGCGGUCGCUGCGGCUGUCGGUGUUGGACUGGAUAAACAACCACCCAGUGCACAACUCGGUCGUACAGUUCUACAGGUCAAUCAUUGCCGGAGCCCCCGACUUUUUCGAUGCCGACAUGCUGAAGAAAACCCUAAGCAAAGUUCUCGUCCCAUUUUAUCCGGUGGCGGGUCGGUACGGGGUGGGUGACGACGGCCGAAUUGAGAUUAACUGCAAUGAAGAGGGUGUCCUCUUCGUCGAGGCCGAGAGCGGAUCCACCAUUGACGACUUUGGAGAUUUCGCUCCCUCGCCGGAUCUCAAGAAGCUUGUUCCUGCAGUUGACUAUUCCGGUGGCCUUUCCUCAUAUCCGCUCAUGGUGGUGCAGAUUACUUACUUCAAAUGCGGUGGCGUGUCGCUUGGUUCUGCAAUGGAACACCAUACAGUAGAUGGAACCUCAGCUAUGCACCUUAUGAAUUCCUGGUCUCAGAUUGCUCGUGGCCUUGACAUUACAAUUCCACCAUUUCUAGACAGAUCAUUACUUGAUCCUCGCAACCCUCCUCAACCUAAGUUCAAUCACAUAGAAUACCAGCCCACUAAUUCAAACAAGAUAAUCUCUCUGCAAAAUCAUAGCACGAUCACUUCCAUUUUCAAGUUGACCAAGGACCAACUUAGCACAAUGAAAUCCCUAGCCAACAAAAAUGGUCAAGGUGGGGUCCACUAUAGCACAUUUGAGGUUUUGGCAGGUCACACUUGGAAAUGUGUUUGCAAAGCACGUGACGUGCCACGUGAUGAAGAGACGAGAUUGUACUUUCCUGUGAAUGGAAGGCCAAGUACAAGAUUUCAACCCCAACUCCCACUUGGCUUCUUUGGGAAUGCCAUUUUUGCAGGCACGGCAAUUGCUCUAGCGGGUGAUCUCCAAACCAAACCAUUGUCGUAUGCGGUGAGUCUUAUUCAUGAAACUUUGGUCAAAAUGAACAAUGACUACUUAAGGUCAGCAAUUGACCAUAUUGAGCUUCAACCUGAUAUAUCACCCAUUAGACUUGGAGCCCGCCUUUAUCAGAGUCCAAAUUUUGGGAUCACUAGUUGGUCUAGGAUGGGAACACAUGAUGCUGAUUUUGGGUGGGGCCGACCAUGCUACAUGGGAAUCGCUGCAAUAAGCUUUGAGGGAAAAUCUUAUAUUGUGCCUUCUGCAGCUGACGAUGGGGGUUUUUCUUUGAUUAUAGCCUUGCACGAUGAACAUAUGAAGGUCUUUGAGAAGUCGUUUUAUGAGUAUAUGUAAUCAUGCGUGAGAAAGUUGCGUAUAAUUUCAAGCUAGUUAAUUAUGCAUUUCGUACUACUUAUGUUUUGAGUGUUUUGUAUUGUUCUUUUAGUGUUAUUAGACUUAUGGAACAAUAUUAAUUGCUAUUGGGACAUGAUGUAGUGUUUCCUUGAAGUAAAUAAUGAUAUGUGAGUGCAAAUUGAAGAACUAUAGCUCUAGUACUUUUU